AUGUCCACGGGUGUCACAGCGCUGUUACUGCUGCUGGCGCUAGCCAGGCGGGGUUGGGGUGCACAGGGCACUCAGCCUCGGGGGGUCCUACCCCCUGGGCCCGGGCCGCUCCCACUGCUGGGGAACUUGCUGCAGCUGGAGUCUGGACGGCUGGACCAUACUCUCAUGGAGGUAGCCCCGAGACUUUCUGGCCGCUGGGGCCCGGUGUUCACAGUGCGGCUGGGCCGGCGCCCUGCAGUGGUUCUCUGCGGCUACUCAGCGCUGCGGGACGCGUUAGUGCUGCAGGCGGAUGCCUUCUCUGGCCGUGGGGCCACGGCUGUGUUCGAACGCUUCACUCGCGGAAACGAGUCAAAGCCAAAGAGAUCAGGCGCUCGUAAGGGAUCGAGACCAGUAGAGGUGAGGCCAGGUAGGACCGAGAAGGCUGGGUUUGCAGCAAAAAGGUCUGGAAAGCAGCAGAGUGAAGGGUGGCGAGGAGGCGGGCUCCAAGACCGGACGCUUCCAGGACGGGCGUGGCCAACUCCCCGGGCCGUCCCCUUCUCUGCCCCACCCCCAGGCAUCGUGUUUUCUAACCGGCGGCGCUGGCUGACGCUGCGAAAUUUUGCACUGGGAGCACUGGAGGAGUUCCGGCUGGGAGCGCGGACCGUAGAGGAGCGCAUCUUGGAGGAGGCGGAUUGUCUGCUUGGCGAAUUUCAAGCCACCAUUGGAGCACCGUUUGACCCCCGGAGGCUACUAGAUAAUGCUGUAUCUAAUGUUAUCUGUUCGGUGGUCUUCGGGAACCGCUAUGGCUAUGAGGACCCAGAGUUCCUGAGGCUCCUGGACCUCUUCAAUGACAACUUCCGCAUCAUGAGUUCCAGAUGGGGUGAGAUGUACAAUAUUUUCCCCUCCCUCCUUGACUGGCUCCCGGGUCCACACCACCGAAUCUUUCAAAACUUCACGGAGCUUCAGGUCUUCAUCUCUGAGCAAAUCCCGCAGCACCAACAGACACAGCAGCCAGGGGAGCCCCGCGAUUUCAUCGAUUGCUUCCUCGAUCAGAUGGAGAAGGAACAGAAAGACCCAGAGAGCCACUUCCAGGAGGAGACGUUGGUGAUGACCACACACAACCUUUUCUUUGGCGGCACUGAGACCACAAGCACCGCUCUGCGUUACGGGCUCCUUAUUCUGCCUAAGUACCCUGAGGUGGCAGCCAAAGUGCAGUCAGUGGUAGGUCGGACACGCACCCCGAGGCUGGAGGACCACAAGCGCCUGCCCUACACCAACGUGCUGCACGAGAUCCAGCGCUUCAUCAGCGUGCUGCCGCUGGGGCUGCCACGCACCCUCACCCGGGACACCCACCUGCGUGGCUACUUUUUGCCCAAGGGCACCUUUGUGAUUCCUCUCCUGGUGUCUUCACACCAGGACCCCACCCAAUUCAAGGACCCAGACUGCUUCAAUCCCACCAACUUCCUGGACGACAAGGGCGAGUUCCAGAGCAAAGAUGCCUUCAUGCCCUUUGCCCCAGGCAAGCCAAUGUGUCUGGGUGCAGGCCUGGCACGGUCCGAGAUCUUCCUCUUCCUCACCACCAUCCUGCAGCGGUUCUGUCUGCUCCCCAUGGGGAGCCCCACCAGCAUCGACCUCACCCCGCAGUACACAGGCCUGGGAAAUAUUCCCCCAGCCUUCCAGCUCCACCUGGUGGCCCGCUGAGGCCAGGCUCAGCUGCCCUCUGCUCACUGGCUCUCAGACCUCCUUACCUGUCUUGGUCAAUAAAUAUGGCCCUGAAUUGCAAA